UGUUAAAUUUACCGAGAAAGGUGAAAUUGUACUGACAAUUUUAAUGCAACCAAGAAAAGCAAUUGGCGAAAACGAACAGAAUCCUAGUCACAAUACAAUUAUUAAAAAGGAAGUUCUGUUGAUUGAAUUACUUGAUACUGGCAUUGCCAUGAAUCUAGAGUAUACACGACAUACUUGGAAAAGCUUUUCACAAGGUGACAUGUCAUUAACCAAAAGGCAGGAUGGUACAGGACUUGGACUCUCAAUUUGUAAACGUUUAGUAGAAAUUAACGGAGGAGAAAUUAAUGCAGAAAGUCAAUUAGGAAAAGGGA